GCCCGUCCGGUCGGGCGGGGGAUUCGAACCCGCGGCUCAGCUGCCCAGUCCUCCUGAACCAUAGAGAGGGCGGAGAGAGCGGCCGGGCUCCUUCCCGCCCAGCGCUCCCGGGAGCGAGGGCGGCGGCGGCCGUUCCCAUGGAGAUAGAAGAUGGCGCCCAGGAGCCGCCAGCGCUCCUCGGCUCCGCUGCAGGUCCUGCUUUUCCUCAACGGGUGGUACAGCGCUACCUACUUCCUCCUGGAGGCUUUCGUCUUCGUGUACAAGGUGCUGCUGCUGCCGUACCCCUUCACCAACCUGGCGCUGGACGUGGUGCUGCUCUUCCUCUACCUCGGCACUGAGGCCACUCGCAUCUUCUUCGGAUCCAAGGGGAACCUGUGCCAGCGGAAGGUGCCGCUCUCUAUCAGCCUGGCCCUGACCGUCCCGGCGGCCGUGAUGGCGGCCUAUUACCUGCUGCUGCAGACCUACGCCUUGCGCCUGGAAGCCAUCCUUAACGCCAUCCUCCUGCUCUUCUACGCCGUGGAGCUGCUGCUGGGUGUCCUCGCGCUGGUCUCCUUCUCCAGCAUGGAUUCGUACUGAAGCCCCGUGCCACGCCAAAGGACCAGGCACAGAGCGGCACAGGUACGCGAGGCGGCGGGGAGCCAGCGGCCCCGGUGCUGGCUCCAUCUCCUAGGCCAAGCCCACGUCAGUCCCAGGCAGGAGAGGUCUUCACCCUGCCUGCGCUCCGCUUCACCCGGCAGCAUGCGCGAGCGACCUGCCGGGCAGCACCCGACCCGCUGCCACCCGGGAGGCGGCCCCCAGGACUUGUGAUGCACAGGUCAGUUUGAGGUACGGAGAAUUUUUUUUUUUUUUUUCUAUUGCCUUCUCAGAAAAAUUCACUAUUUUCCAAUAAAUAUUUAUUUUUA